AUGGGUUUCAAGGCAUUUUUAUUUCUUGGCAUUUUUUUGGCUAUCUUUUCAAUGAUAAGCUUUGAGGUUGUAGCUAGAGAGUUGGCUGAGACCCCAAUGAAAUUGGAUUAUAAGAAUGAUGUACACGAUGAUGGAUAUAAUGACAUAGACGGAUAUCUAGGUGAUAGACGUGGCGAAUAUAAGAAUGGAUAUAAAUUUCCUGGUGGCAGAUAUUAUCCUCCACAUGGUAGUGGAUAUAAACCCCCAUAUGGUGAUUAUAACAACGCAUAUAAACCUCCACAUGGUGAAUUUAACAACGGAUAUAAAUAUCCUGGGUGGGGAUAUAACACUCCACGUGACAGAUAUAAUCCUCCCAGUGAUGAAUAUAAGCCCCCACAUGGUGAAUAUAACAAUGGAUAUAAAUCUCCUGGUGGUGAAUAUAAACCUCCACAUGAUGAAUAUAACAACGGAUAUAAGCCUCCAAGUGGCGAAUAUAAGCCCCCACGUGGUGAAUAUAACAAUGGAUAUAAAUCUCCUGGUGGUGAAUAUGAACCUCUACAUGAUGAAUAUAACAAUGGAUAUAAGCCUCCAAAUGGCGAAUAUAAGCCCCCAUAUGAUAAAUAUAAGCCCCCACAUGGUGAAUAUAAUGGAUAUAAACAACAUGGUGAUGGAUAUAAAUCUCCUGGUGGUGAAUAUGAACCUCCACAUGAUGAAUAUAACAAUGGAUAUAAGCCUUCAAGUGACAGUUAUAAGCCCCCACAUGACGGAUACAACCCUCCAAGUGACGAACACAAUCCCCCACAUGACAAGUAUAAACCCCCAUUUGGCGAAUAUAACCCUCCAGGUGGAGGCCAUGAAUAA